GUCAGUUUGACGUCACAAUAGGGUCGCCGCAGCAUACAGACACGCCAUUUUUACUCGUCUCUGUACCCCGCGAUUGCAAAGAGAUUCGGGCGAUUUAUCGACUCGGUUUCUUAGUGAGUUGCAAAAAAAAAUGCAAGGAAACCGAGGCCCUCAACAGAACCAUGGCCCAAACCGUCACUCUGGCCAGGGAGACCAUAAGAAACAUGGGGGAAAUGCGAACGGCCAGGAGCCGAGCGACACAACCCGCCCGAACGAGGCCCUCACACUGGACCUGCAAAGCUUCAGGAAGCCUGGUGAGAAAACCUUCACCCAGCGCAGCAGGCUGUUUGUCGGAAACCUGCCUGCCGGGGUCACGGAGGAUGACAUUGAAAAGCUGUUUGCAAAGUACGGCAAGGCCACUGAGGUUUUUGUCAACAAGGACCGAGGCUUCGGCUUCGUCCGCCUGGAGACUAGAAUUAUCGCAGAGAUCGCCAGAGCUGAGCUGGAUGAUGCCCCGUUCAGAGGAAGACCCAUCCGCGUUAGGUUUGCAACACACGGUGCUGCUCUUUCUGUAAAAAAUCUGCCAGACUUUGUGUCCAAUGAGCUGCUGGAGGAGGCCUUCUCCGUUUUUGGGCAGAUUGAGCGAGCUGUGAUCAUUGUGGACGACCGAGGGAGACCUACUGGAAAAGGCAUUGUGGAGUACACUUCCAAACCAGCUGCAAGAAAGGCUCUGGACAAAUGCAAUGAUGGCGCCUAUCUCCUUACAGCCUUCCCUCGCCCCAUCAUCGUGGAGCCUAUGGAGCAGCUCGAUGAUGAGGAGGGUCUGUCCGAGAAACUCAUAAACAAGAACCAGCAGUACCAUAAAGAACGUGAGCAGCCGCCGCGAUUCGCUCAGCCGGGCUCCUUUGAGUACGAGUACGCUAUGCGCUGGAAGGCGCUGAUGGAGAUGGAGAAGCAACAGUACGAGAUGGUGGACCGCAACAUGAAAGAGGCUCAGGAGAAGCUGGAGGCUGAGAUGGAGGCAGCACGACAUGAGCAUCAGGUGAUGCUGAUGAGACAAGACCUGCUGAGGCGGCAAGAGGAGUUGCGCAGGAUGGAGGAGCUCCACAGCCAAGAAGUGCAGAAGCGAAAGCAGGCUGAGCUCCGGCAAGAGGAGGAACGCCGGCGGAGGGAGGAGGAGAUGCGCAUGCGCAAUGAGGAGCUGAUGAAACGUCAGCAGGAGGGCUUCAGAGGCAGCUUUCAGGGAGAGAGCCGCGAGCAAGACAUGAGGAUGCACAUGGCCCCCACUGGCAUGCCGGCAGACAGCGCAACUCUCAUGGUGGCCCCGGGCAAUGCCAGCAUGCCUGGAGGUCAGGGGGGCUUCCCCAGAGGCCUCCCCGGACCAGGGGACUAUGUACCAAACAAGCAACGCAGAUUUUAAAUCCUGUUUGCAUACUCAACUGUUUUUUGUUUGUUUUUUCAAAGACAUGAUAGUUCUGAGAUUCACUUUUGUCUUUUUUAUUUUAUUUUUUUAAAGUGGCAUGUAUGUUUAUUUUCCCUUACUUUUGAAUUAGCUUUUUUUUUUCUUAAACUUCUCAAUUGAGCCAUGUUUUCUUUUUUCCGUAUGGGUAUAAAAAGAUAUUUGUUCUGAAUUUGUUGUUUUCUGUAAUUAAAUUCUAUAUGAAAACCUU